AUUCAGUUGAACUAAUGAUACUAAUGUUUUGCUAAACAUAUUAGAACGCCUCAGCUUCCAUAAUUUCCGGCGAACUCGUUUUCUCUAACCGACAGCCACCGAUUUCGCCGGCGGAGAUGGUGAGUCCGACGAGAGACUCCAUCCAGUCUUAUAUGAGCAUCACUGGCGCGUCCGAGUCACUCGCGAUUCAGAGACUUGAGGAACAUGGCAAUAAUCUCCCUGAAGCAAUCAAUGGCCACUUUAGAGAUGUGGAAAGAAGCAUUUAUGAUGAUUCAAGCUUAGACAGUCGUCCAGACCACAACGUUGUGGAAGAUAACAGUCACGUUCGUGUUAGCGAGUCUAGGCCAGUCAGCGAGUCUAGGCCAGUCCCAGGCGCACUUCCAUCUAUCCUCUCUGCUGCUCGGGCUUUUAGACCUUCUUUGCUUCUAGAUCCCAAUUACAGACGAAGUAUCUUUAGGCAGCUCAGUGGCUCUGCUCUCUCUGGGAGUCCUUCUCCAUCAUCUCAAACAGGAGAAGUCACAGGGUUCCCUGCUCACUCUACCUGGGGAAAUGAUCAUACUCGUCCUCCUGGACUUGGACAGGUUGGUGACGGUUAUGCUAGACAUUCACCAAGCUAUGGAUCCCAGGUCCAUGGUGGGACAAAUGAUGGUGAACCACCUGUCUAUAGCAACGAUGCAGAAGAGGAAAUGGUCAGAGCUGCCAUUGAGGCCUCGAAGAAGGAUUUUCAAGAGGAUCCAUCUAGCGUUUUAUCUCCAAGAGAGGUUAUUAACCGGGAAGAUGAGGACAUUGCUCGUGCAAUUUCUAUGUCCUUAGAGAUGGAAGAGCAUGAGAGUGCGUUCCGUGACCAACUAGCUGAAUUUAUGUCUCAGUCCUUGGAGCGUCACGACCCAUGUCAAUCUAAUACAAAUGAAAGUAGCAGAUAUCAGCCGGGUAGCUCUUCAGGGCAAGACACGGGUGAAGACAUGAAACAAAAGCAGCCAAUCAAUACCAGCUCCCAGCACAGUCAAGAUCUCCAGAAUGUUGAAGCUUCUUAUCCUGAAGCGUGGGGUGGCAUUCCGUCAAAAGAGCUUCAGGAGGCAAUAAUGCUGGAAAAGGCACUCUUUAGUGGAGUAGCUAAAGAAAGUGCUUCACAUAAUAAUCAACAUGGAAUUUUCAAGGAGUCACAAUCUCCCGGUAAAAGGGUAGUUGGAGAGGCAGCUGAGGGAUCUUCCACUACGAGGAAGACAGCGCUUCCCAUCGAGCCAGCAGUCGACAAUGAAGAUGCCAUCACUCUACUUGUUAGAAUGCCAGAUAGCAGCCGUCAUGGUCGCCGCUUUCUCAAGUCAGACAAGCUUAAGUACCUUUUUGACUUCAUAGAUGCUUCUGGAUUAGUCAAACCUGGCACAUAUAGAGUGGUUAGACCAUAUCCUCGACGUGCUUUCAGCCUUCAAGACGGUGCUUUAACUUUUGAGGAACUAAGUCUCACCAACAAACAAGAAGCGUUGUUUCUUGAACCACUGGUGUAGCAAUGUAACCAGAGAUGUUGAUAGCAGAAACUAGUUGAGUUCAGUGUACUGUAAGUCUGUAAGCCCUUUAUUAGCUAACUGCACGGUCACACACUUUGUUGUAAACUCAGUUCAUUUGCUCACAAUUAAUCUCCGGUUUGAAACAA